AUGGAAAUGUCUUCGCUGAUGGGAAAGCCAAUCCUCUACUCUUAUUGGAGAAGCUCAUGCUCUUGGAGAGUGAGAAUAGCUCUGAACUUGAAAGAAAUCCACUAUGACAUAAAACCAGUAUCUCUAAUAAAAUCUGGAGGAGAGCAACAUUCCAAUGAAUACAGAGAGGUCAACCCCAUGGAACAAGUUCCUGCCCUGCACAUAGAUGGCGCCACUCUAGUGGAAUCCUUGAGCAUCAUGCAUUACCUUGAAGAAACUAGGCCCCAUAGGCCUUUGCUACCAAAUGAUUGCAUCAAGAGAGCUAAGGUGAGAGAAAUAUGUGAGGUGAUUGUAUCUGGUAUCCAGCCACUCCAGAAUUUAACAGUUCUCAUCCAUGUUGGUGAGGAAAAGAAGAAUGAAUGGGCCAAGCAUUGGAUAAAGAGGGGACUCAGAGCAGUAGAGAAAUUAUUGUCAGCUAGUGCUGCAAAGUAUUGUGUUGGGGAUGAUAUUACAAUGGCAGAUUGUUGUCUGAUACCACAGGUAUUCAAUGCUAGAAGAUUUCACGUAGACUUACGUCCUUACCCGAUCAUAUUGAGGAUUGACAGGGAGCUUGAGAUCCACCCUGCCUUCAUUGCAGCUCAUCCAAAUAACCAACCAGACUGUCCUCCAGAAGCAACAAAGUGA